CUCACGCCUCCCACUCACACCCUAUUAUUCUUCCUCCACCUGCUCACGCGCCCCCCCCCCCCCCGCCGAUGGCCCCUUCCUCGCUAUAGGCCUUAAUUUCCCACUUUUACCUGUGGUGGUCGGCCUGACUCCAUGACCAUGUGUUAUAUCCCCUCAAUUUUAUACCUUCCUUACGGCUCUUUUCUACAUUUUUAAAGCGCCGUGUUGCUCUUCCUGAGAUGAGUUUGGUGCUUAGAAAUCUGCAGCGAGCUGUGCCCAUCAGGAGGGCGCCCCUUCGCAAGAAGAUGGAGAUUGUGAGGAGUAUAUUAGGGGUGCAGAAAUUCGACCUGGGGAUCAUCUGUGUUGACAACAAGAAUAUUCAGCACAUCAAUAGAAUCUACAGAGAGAAAAACAUCCCAACUGAUGUGCUUUCCUUUCCAUUUCAUGAGAAUAUAAAAGCAGGGGAACUUCCCCAGCCUGAUUUUCAAGAUGACUACAAUUUGGGUGACAUUUUCCUAGGAGUGGAGUAUAUCUUCCAGCAGUGCAAAGGAGAUGAGGACUACUAUGACAUCCUUACUAGAUGCCAUUACCUGCAGUGGAGGGCCAGCCCACCAGGCCUGGGACCUUCUCCUCCUCGCCCCCAACUGCAUGUAGGCACCUUUUCAGCCCCAGGUGACUGCCACCCAUGGGCUCUGUCACCUGCUGGGCUUCACACACAGCACAGAGGCGGAGUGGCAGGAGAUGUACCAGAAGGAGAAGCAGGUUCUCGAGGAGCUGAGCCGGCGCACCGGGACCAGGCUCCAGCCUCUGAGCAGAGGCCUCUUCUGAUGCUGCUGGAGGCCCAGCAGCCGGGUGGCACCCGAGGAAUUCUCCAGAGCACAGAGACACCAUGUGAACAGCAGAUAGACCCUCCCUUUCAGGCCCUGAGGACCAAGGACUCCACCAGACUGAGGGCCCUGCUGGUCACUGCUGCCCUGUGGGGCCACAGGAGUGACAGACUCGGGGGCAAAAUUACACAAGUGGAACCCGACUGUUUUGUGAAAGUAUAAAAGAAAUGUGCAUUCCUUUCUUCAUUUAGAACCUAGCAGACGUAUUUUCAGUAUUGCAGAUAAAGUAGUUCUAAGCUCUUAGGACGCAGAGUUGGAGCACAGGACCUUCAUCCCUUGGGGUUCUGCCUGCGGCCAGAGCAUUUGUCUCUCCUGCCUCCGCAGCCUGCUCCGGAGAAUAGAACAGGCAGCCCAGGGUUCCUCCUUCCUACGGGAACACCGUUGGCUUCAGUCUCCACCUACCCUCAAGAGCACUGUGACCUGGAACCUUCGCUUGGUGCCUUUAUGAGGGAGGGACGAGGCUGGCCCUUAGCUGGCUGCAAGGCCCAGGACAGCCUCAGCCAGGUGACCCACAGCGGACAUCUCCUGCCCGUCCCAGCUCCCGAGGCAGGCACAGCCCCUGGUCAGGGGUUUGCUUGUGGACCCUACCUAAGUCCUCUUUCCCGUGGCUGGAGUCCUAGAACCCUGGGUCCCCCUGUCCACCCGCUGAGCUACGUCUCCUGGCUGCAGGAGGCGCCCUGAGCUCCAACUGCCGCAUCCCAUCCUCUUUCCCGUCAGUGAUUCCUGCCUUUUCUUCUGAUGCUGAAGUAAACACAGGAGGCAUCACAGAGACUUACCCAAGCUGUUUCUGGGCCCGGGGCAUCACGGGAGCGGGCCACACGCGCUGAGCCGACCCCAGGCCUCCCAGGUGCUGGCAGUGGUGUCGGCAGCACCCCGAAUUCUGCCAGGGAGCUCUGAAGAGGUCACGGCAAUGAAACGCAGCCUCUCAGAGACUCUUUGUGGUCCUAAAAGCAGGGAUACUACAAUUCUGAGAAUCUGGUUUCUCCCAUGAGUCCACUUGAAAGACAGGAAAAUGCAUUUCCCACUGGAUUUAUCGUCAGCCUGGACUUUCCCAGGCCCUCGGGGACACAGAAUUGGGCUUGUGGCACUCCUGAAGCCUUGGGUGUGCAUGCCUGCUUACAGCGAAGCGCGUUCUCGGCAGAAAGUCUCAGCAAAGACCAAAGGUGACCCUGCGAAGCUCUUGGCUCUGCAGUUCUUUUUAAGAGACUGAAGGGAUCCCGAGACCUGCUACGCCUGUCAGCAGGAAUUUCGGACAUCCCCCAUGCCUCUUUGGUCAUGUCGGGGGCACAGGCAGAGUUCUCCCUGGGUAUGGGCCUCAGAGCAGAAUGGCUGGGGGGCUAGGGGUGGGGUAUCCAGCUUUAUCAGGCAAUGCAUAGUGCUUCCAAAGGACCUGAUUACUUGUCCCCCCCUGUAGCCCAUAGCAGUGACCCUGGGAUCCAGACCCCAACCCCCAUGCACCCUGACCCCUCCCUUGAUCACGUAUCCACUGAGGCUGUCCUGCAUUUCUCAUCACCAUUGCAUCCCCUCCACUGUAACUGCUUGUCUUAUGCUCAUUUUCCUUUUUUAUUUUUUAAGAUUUAUUGGGGGUGGAGGAACAGAGAGAGAGGGAGAGAAUCCCAAGCCGACUCCCCACUGAGCAAGGAGCCCAACCAACAACGGAUGACAUGGCCUCAGCCUCAUCACCCUGAGAUCAUGCCCUGAGCCAAAAUCAAAAGCUGGCCAUGUAACCGACUGAGCCACCCAGGUGUCCCUCAUGCUCAUUUUUCUAUCGAUUUUUCUUUUUUAUGGAUUCAGAGGGCUUCUUACAUACAUUGAACACAACAGAGCACGUCAGCCAGUGUCCGUCUGACCUAAAUCUAAGAAAAGUCCUUCCCACCCAGCCAUGGAGCUCUGCCUUGGCUAUUUGAUUCCACCUGUCACUUCUGUCCGCCCCGACCUGGCUACCAUGCCCCGGUUCCAGAGCUUCUGCAAACCCAGCCUCUGCCAGGGUUGGUCCCUCCUCCUGCUCCAGGGGUCCCUUGGGUUCCUUGGCCCUCUACACUCCUGGGUGUAUUCAGAAAUGCAGUUAAUCUACCUCAGGCGUACGUGAGGAAGCCCCCAUAAAUCCCAACAGCACGGGGUUCAGAGAGCUUCCAGGGGGGUGCACACGUCCACACGGUGAGGGUGAUGCACCCCACGGGACAGAAGUUCCUGUGCUCGCGACCCUCCCAGACCCACUCCACCCCUUAUCACCCCCUUAAAUAGACUGGUUAAUGUCAGUAAGGGUUGCCUGAGUUCUGUGAGCCGCUCUAACAAACUAAUCAAACCCGAAAAGGGGGUCAUGGGAACCUCUGCUCCCUGACCCAGUAGGUCAGAAGCACAGGGGACAACCUGAAUUCGCAGCUGGCACGGGGGAGUCUCGUGGGACUGAGUCUUUACAUGGGUGAACGGUGUCAGAACUGAGUGAGGCUGCAGGACACCCAGCUGAUGUCAGGAUUAGCGACUAGAAGUGAUAGAAGGGUCUGUUCUGUGUGCGAGUAAAGGAGAUUCGCAGAGAAAACCUGGGUUUUCCUUACUCAGGACACAGACAAAACAGUUUUUCCAAUUUAUUAGGCCAUCCCAAGAUAACCAACUUCCGCCAAAUUUAUUCCCUGUAUUGAACUAACAAUUAUGUUGAGAAAUAAAACCAAACAGGAAAACCACGUUAGAAAAUGUCAAUGUGAAAAUAAGAAAUCGAGUCAGAGCUUUCAUUGCAUUUCAGAAGAGCACGUGCCAGGCCUGCCGUGUGCGCCCCUGCCGCUCUCCUGCCUUGGAGGCUCUCUGAGCAGGGGUCCAGCCCGAGGGCGCUGAGCUGGGUGGCACUUCCUUAGCCACCUGCUCCCACCUGCUGCCCGGGCCAGCGUUCCGGCGAGCCUGCAGGGUCCAAGGAAGCAGUGAGGAGGACUGGGCUCUUGCUAGUGUGGAACUUAGGGCACGAGAGGGUUUACCCAAAAGGGGCUGAUGAAAAUGGGCAGCACUUAAAAAUGACAUUUACAUGAAAAUCACGUUAAAACAGCAAGGGAUGGGGCGCCUGGGUGGCUCAGUCGGUUAAGGGUCUGCCUUUGGCUCAGGUCAUGACCUCAGGGUUGUGGGAUCAAGUCCCCUGCUCAGUGGGGAGCCUGCUUCUCCCUCUGCCCCUCCCCCCGCUCUUGCGCACGCUCUCAAGUAAGUAAAUGAAUAAAUCUUUAAAAUAAGUAAAACAGCAAGGGAACAUGAUUCCACCGAGAAGAAAAAGGUCACGAAAAGUGAAGAAAGAGUAAAGGUGACGUUCACGUCAGAAGCCCUGACAGAACCAAGAAGAACAAACACACAGAGAAAGCUCCCUUUCCUCAGCCCCCUUCAGAAGGAACCACGUUCAACCUCGAGUGUCUCCCUUCUAGGAGAAAGCUGUGCAGACCAGCAAGGACACCUCUCCACACCUGAAGGCUCCUUUCCACGGGAGAGCCCAGCGGGCCGCUUGCCUUGCUCCGUUCACUUAGCAGGAACCCUCACUCUUGCCCCCCACGUGGCAGGCAGAGCUCCCAGUUAUCGUCAUAUUUGACUUUGUUUAUGGUGUAAGCAGCUAAUUCCACCCAUCUUUUCUCUUA